AUGAUGGAAGCUGAUUAAAAUAGCUAAGCCUAAACUAAAUAGGAGGAUUUCCAGCCAGAACCCUCUCCUAGAUUCGGAGAGGAUAACUUCAGUCCAAAGACAAUACGUAUCUACAAUGAUAAUUAAGUUAGUCCUAGCGACAUUAAUGAAAGCAAGAUAGCUCCCUAUAAGCAAUCAGAAAAUGAUUUUAGCUUCAGUUAAAAUCUGGAUGAGUCUAAUGACUGUUGCGAUGAGUAGUAAUUCCCCAACCAGAAUGAUCAAUCUUUUUCAAGAAACACUCACUAGGAUUUCUUAGAGUGCUCUAUUAUAUCUCAGAGUCAAAUAUUCUAGAACUAAUAUAAGUAUGAAACCUAGGAGUAGCUAUAAGAGGCAUUCAAGAAUUCCAUCAAUCUAGUCGAACAAAAGUGGAUGGAUAUCAAGAACUGGCCUGAAAGCAGUCCAUUGCGCAUUGAAUUAUUUUCACUCGAGAUGCAGGCUGUUCAUGGAAGUUACUAUCGUAAUAAGAUAAAAGUAUAAGAAUACGUAAAUGGAAUGGGACUUUAGGAAAGCAACAAACUCGCUUAUAUAGAAUCUUGGAAACACAAAUUUCGUAAAACACAAAAAGAAUCUAUGUAAAGUUAUGUGUAAAUAGUAGAAAAGAACUAAGAAAUGCUCUAAAGGUUAGAAACAUAUGUGAGAAAGGGUAACUAAGCUUAAUAGAAUUAAUAGCAAUCAUAAUAGUCCACAGUUGCUAAUACUACUACUAGGGGAGGCGUAGGGUAUGAUGAUACCAUAGAUCAUUAAAAUAGAAAAUUAGAAGACAAAGAGUAAUAGAAGUAGAAGCAGAACACCACCGACUGCUAACUCUAAUCCAGUCAACAAUACCUAAAAAACUAACUCAAAAAGCACAUUCAAAAAAUUCAAUCAGAACAAGAAGUCAGAUUAAAACCAUAGGAAUCUCCUUAAAAUUCCCCACCGAAGCCAAUUGAAUAUAUAAUUAAAAGAUAAACCUAUCAAACUAAAUCACCCCCUUCAUAGUUCAGUCCUAACAAAGAUAUUGAAGCAGUUUAUUCUGCAACUGAUAAUAACUAUAGUAAAAUAGAUAACAAUAGCCUUAUAUAGAGUACUGGUUCACCAGAUUCUCCAAAGAAGCUUGACACUCGCAAACUUUCAAUUUACUCCUAGUAGCACAUUACAGAUCAGAAACCAAUUACUAAAUAAGUCCAAAUUGAGCAGAAUCAAAAGCUAGAAGAGUACUUGUGCUUAAAGGAAAUUUAAAACAAUGAUAACUUACGAAUUUCGAAUUAAUCAUAACUUGAAACGGGGACAGAUUAGCUAGAUAGUACUGAAUAAAAAGAAGUUUCGAUUGAUAAUUAACCAAUGAAAAUAGAAGAACUGUAAGUAGUAAAAAAGUAAAAUAAGCAAAAACCAGUUUCAAGAGAGUUGCAAGAGAAACCAAGGAAGGUCAUUGAGAUAUCAUUAGCAGAGGAUAUUCCUUUAACCUAAAGAUUAAGUCCUUCCAAAUCUAGUAUUUUGACUUAAAAAGAAGAAUAAUUAUUCCAACCAAUAGAUGAUUCAGAUUAUAAUUCUUCCUCUGCUAUUGACUUUGCAGCCAAUUCAAUGCAUACACCAUAGAACAACAAGCAUGAAUUUUCUAGAUUUUCAAUGUUUGAGAGUGCAACACCUGUCACUAAUCAGAAGUUUUAAACUCCAGGUCAUUCUAGAAGCCUUUUAGGUUGUACUACUUCUCCAAGUACCUCCAGAAUCUCCCGUAAAUCUUAGAAGUUGGAUUUCAGCUUUAAGCAUUACGUCACUUUACAAAGUAAUAAGGAAAAUGAUGAUAUAAGAAGUAAUAGUAGAUAAUAUAAACUCAGAUAAAUAGAUGAGAAGUCUUAAACAUAGGAACUCGAAUAAGAAGAAGAGUUUGAGGUGAUUGAUGUCAAUGGCAAACUACCUAAGAGUAUUGGAAGAAUAGAUUCUUAGGGAUUAAAUUUACUGGAAGGAAGUAAAGAUGAAAUGCCUAUAUAUAAAGUUAGAUUAGAUUUACAGGAGCAGCAGUAUUUGAGCAAAAUACUAGGAAUAAAUAUGAAAGAGCUCUAAAAAUUUUCCAUUUUAAAGUCAUUUGGUACCUUCAAAUGCAAAGAUGCUUAAAACUUGAUGAUAAAACUUCAAGAUCCAUUAAACUUAUUAAAUGCAGCUAGUGGUGACAUCACCCAUCUGAAUUAAUUGCCCAGUAUUUCUACUAACUGUUAAUUUUUACAUAAAACUUACAACAGGCUAAGUGGGCUUUUACGCAGUAGAUUUUCAUAGCAACUCUGCUUUCACCAUAGACUUUUAGAAGAGGAUGGCUUGAUUCUCAUAAGUAGAUCCAUAUCUGAUGAAUAGGCUUUGAGGCUUAAAUAGUAACCAGUUAGAGGAGGAUAUUUUUCCAAAUCAAUGAAUCUUGGCUUGCAAAUCAAGUCUGAAGAUGAUGAAACAAUUGUGAGCUAUAGAUAUUUCUAUUGCGUUGAUUAUUAGUUGCUUUAUGAUAACCAACUGAAGUAGAACAACCUUAAAGUAGCUUAGUAAGAUGUCUAGACAGUUAUUGAAGCUUUGACUAAAGUAAUGUGA